ACGAAUGUGUAACAAUGUAUGAUUAACAUAACGGAACUUACAUGUUUCAGCUCCGCUAAUCAUUUUGUGUACUUCCGCAUACAAUGUUUUUUUUUUCUCCUCUGCACUGACACACGGCAACUUUCGAACAGGAAACCUGUCAGACUGCCUGUUUUCGCUCUCUUCACGGGUGUCAGCCCCUUCACUUUGCGGCAUGGACGCCGAAGAUGUCCACUUUGGGCAGGGUGUGUACGGGGCUCAGUGCUCUAACCCAGCCAUGAGUAUCAUCGGGGCUGAGGAUGAGGAUUUCGAGAACGAUCUGAACGAUGUGGGGGAAGACCAGUGCACUUACUUCCACAGCAUUGACAAGUUAAAGGAGCACCCCGCCCACCUGCUGGUUUUCAUGCAACAUGUCAUCCUACAGUUUGAUCCUGCUGCACUGAUCUGUUACCUCCAUGCUGACCUCUUCAAAAGCCUCAAUGCCAAAGAGACCAAGAAGCAGUUUGUGGAGUUCUACAACAACUUCUUAGAUAAAGGGGCUAUUCUCAGGGUUGCCAUUCCAACAAAUGUGGCGAAUGAACUGGACCGAAACCGUCCUGAUCUGCUGCCGGAUGACGUGCAGCGGCGAUUUGCCUAUGAAGUCCAGAUGCGUCAGGCAGUUGAGGUGGUGAAGCAACUGGAGGAUUUCAGGCAGAAGAGGAUGAUGGGAAUGACCCCCAACGAGGCUGAGCUGAAUGAUGUGGAGAGCCAUUAUCCAACUGACCGCAUCCCAAUGGAGAUGAAGGAAAAGUCUGUUGCGGAAAACCUGCUGGAGAAGAUGUCGGAGACUCAACCUACGAUUGUCUCUGAUGAGGAGAAGUGCCAGUCCAUCUUUUCAGCAGUGGCGUACUACAUGAAACACCUUGGUGUGAAAACCAGGGCAGUCGACAGUAAGAAGUCCAGGGGAGGCUUCUUCAGAAGUAAACUAGUCAAGAACAGGAAGGAUGAGUCUUCCAAAACCAAACCCAGAGGCGGCUUUCCUGGCAUCCCCAACUGGAUCGCUGGGAACUCUGAGGUCAAACCUAAAACGGAAGUUGAAGCUGACAAAGAGAAAGUGAGUCAAGAGCGGAAAGGACCAACUCCCAGCAGAGGCUCCCUGACUGACCCUGCAGCCCCCUCCACCAGCAUUAGGAAGUCAGGUUCUGCUGGAGGGACCCCCAGUCUGCCUGCGGUUGAAAUCACAGAUGGCUCAGGCAGCAACAUCAUUGCCACCAGCCCUGACUCUUUACACAUCGACGGGCUCUCCAGCAAUCGCUUAGACCCUCCAGCCUCUUCAGACCGGGGAGAUGUGUCCCCAGUCGGAGUAGGCGGAUCUGUCUUCCUGGGCGAGACUCUCUCACCUACUGAUCUCCCCCAAGAGGAGACUUUGGAGAAAGACAGAGGGAAGACAAGUAGGAAAGUAACCCGUAGCGAGAGUGCCCGUGUGGAUCGGCACUCCUCUCGGCGCCGUGGCUCCUCCAGGGCCAAACAGUCCCGCUCCCGUAGUGACGUGGACCUCCAGAUGCCCUCGACAGUGACAUCAAUAUCUGCUCAUCUCACAACCCAUCACCUCCAUCCUGCCGACUCACCAGUGUUGGCACCUGAAGGGCUGGGGUCCGCCCCGACCAGCCCCUCCCCUCAGCUGGAGGAGUUGGAUCCUCGUCUCCUCGAGUUCGAGCAGGACCCUCCCAACUGGCGGGAGCUGGCCUCCCCAGAAGCUGUUGCCAGCCUCGGCAAGAAGGAGACAGAAAGGCAGGAGGUCAUCAACGAGUUAUUUGCUACUGAACAUGCUCAUGUUAGGAUGCUGAGUGUUCUUCAGAUGGUUUUCUCUAAACCUUUGGAGCGGGAGGAGCUGCUGACCAGUACGGAGCUCGCUGCUAUAUUCCCAAAUCUGGAUGAGAUCAUAGAGAUGCACUAUAACUUCUAUGACAACCUCAAGAAGCUACGUGUGGAGGACAACUUCAUAGUCAAAUCCAUUAGCACUACUGUUUUUAACCGAUUCGGUGGCACAGAAGGUGAAUGGUUCCAGAAACUGACUGCACGGUUCUGCAGUCACCAGUCAUGGGCUCUGGAGCAGAUCAAGAGCAGGCAGAAGAAAGAGCCGCGCUUCAACUCCUUCAUACAGGAAGCAGCCAGUAAACCCCAGUGUCGCAGACUGCAGCUCAAGGACAUCAUUCCCUUCGAGAUGCAGAGAUUAACAAAGUACCCGUUGCUGCUGGAAAAUAUUGCCAAGAACACAGUCGAUCCGGAGGAGAAGGAGAAAAUCCAGCAGAGCGCAGAGUGCUGCAAAAAGAUCCUCAACCACGUCAACGAGGAAGUCAAAGUCAUGGAGAAUCUUUUGACACUGAAGGACUAUCAGAGGAGAUUGGACACAUCAGGACUCAAACCGAGCAAUGACCUUUACACUGAAUAUAAAAACAUUGAUCUGACUCAGAAGGCGAUGCUUUACGAAGGACCCCUAACUUGGAGGGUCACCAAGGAAAAAGCAAUUGAGGUUCAGUGCGUGCUGCUUGGCGACCUAUUGGUUCUUCUACAGAAGCAGGAUGACAAGAUGGUGCUGAAAUGCCAGAGCAAAAGUACCAUCGCGGCCCAAGAGGGGAAGCAAAUGCUGAGCCCCAUUAUUAAACUGGACUCUGUGUUCCUUCGAGAGGUUGCCACAGAUCGGAAGGCAUUCUAUGUGAUCUUCACGUGGGACAGUGGCGCUCAGAUCUACGAGCUGAGAGCUCAGUCGAUCGGCGAGAGGAGGCUCUGGACAGAGGCCAUCAAGGCUGCAAUGGAAGAUUUGAAGAAGAGCGGCACGCCAAUGAGAUUGUCACUGCCACCAGGAGGAGGAGGAGGAGGAGGGCCUGCCAGUCCUUCAUCAAUGACCGCGCCCUUGAGUCCGACUGAAAAUGGAGGUUUGAAAAGCAGCGGCGAUCGCGAUAAGGACAGUCUAAUGGAUGAGAAGUCUUCAGACCCCAGGCACUCGCUGAUUGAUUUCCUGUCAGAUAAAGGCUUUGACUUGAUAGGCCACUCCAACAGCGAUCAGGAGAAGGUGGCCAGCGCCGGCCUGGAUGAAGUCAUGUCACUGAAGAGGCUGCUGGUCCGGAGCAUCAGUCUGUCGGAAGAUUCUCAGCUUGAUGAGGAGAACGGGGAGGAGCAGUCGGAGGGGCCCAGUCUAGAAAUAGAAGAAAGUAACACCGCGGAUGGAGUUGCCGAGGAGGAAAGAGAAAGUAGAAGAAUGAAGGCAGAAGAGGAUCAGAGUUUCAGCGCACCGCUGGUUUUGUCUCAGGAGAGGAUGGAGGAAGUAUACAAGAGACUUCGGAGACUGGAGGAGUACAUAAAGAGACUACAGACUGUAGAAGACGAGCACCAUCGGCUGCAGGAGGCUCUUUCGAAAUUCUCCUUGGAGGGAGGAAACUUCCAGUGAGAUGCUGACCACAUGUCUUCCAACAGUUUGGAGUGUGAGAGUGACUUCCAGAAUCGUUCCUCAGAAUUCCUUCAAGUCCUUCCGGGACCUUUUUCUGCUCCAGCGUUGCGCAGCCUUGCAGAUGCCUGGACCAGUGUGGUGGAGAAAGAAAAAGAAGGACCGGGGUGGUUUCAGUGAUGCCACAUUGGAUUUGUUGUCUGAUGAGGUGGCUGUAUUUUAGAGAAGGAACGCAGAGAUGCCAAAAAAAAAAAAAAAAAAAAAGAUGAAGCAAUGUUUUGCCAAGAGAGAUGCUGCCUAAAAAUGUAUUGAUAAGAAGCAUGUAUGCUAAUACAUGCUUCACUGUGUUGCCAGAAGCUGAUGUACAGUAAGCAAUGUGUUUAGCGCCUUCAAAAGCAAAUUUUUAUUAAGAAACUCCUGCUGAUUCCGUUCGACUCCUGCUUCGUACCAGCGGCCUCUCACUUCAAGCAAGACAUUUGACGUUGGGUUCAAUGCAAAAUAUGUCACACAGUCUGUUACAAAUAUGUGCUCCCACUCUUCACUGGUCACUAGGAAAUGUAUGAAUCACUUUACUGAGGUGCUGCUGAUGAUUAACCUUUCGUAUUUAUUGAUUCUCCUGAAUCCAGAGUCUAGCUAUGACAACGCCUAUUUAUUAGGCGAGAGGGAAGUCGGAAGACUGAGAGAGAGAGAGAGCAGGAGAAGGGAGUGGAAAUGUCCAUGAGGAGGAUAAAUAGAGAGUUGCAGCAAUCUGGUGAGUCAGCUUUAUCUUGUGAAGCCGCCAUCACGGCCUCUGAUCCUUAAAACAAUCCAUGUUUCAAUGAGCAGUUAAUAUAACAGCGACUCAGAGAGCACAUGGUGACAAACGGGGUGGAGUAGUCCCGGAACUUAACAGGCCAGGAUAGAAAAAGAAGGAUUGGGGUGAAACUAAAUGAUUUAAAAUGCUGCUGAUGCCUCAGGAGUAAAUUAUGGAGCUGUAAAAAUAGCAUGGGUUAACCUUAUCAUCUGUCUGAAGUCACACUUGUCUGACUUUUACUCAAUGACGUUCCAUUUAAAAAAAAAAAAAAAACAUUUUCAUUUGAAAUUGAAACACGAAGAAACAUUCUAAAGAAAUGAGUUAACAAUAUUUAUCAAAACAUCUAAAAAUAAAUAAAUCUUAUGGCUCUGACAAAACUUUACUCACUGUUUAUAUCUGCCCUUUUUCAGUACGCUUUUGACCCAGAAAUGUCUUUACUAAAAGUAAGAGAAUGUUCUUAUGAAAAUAUUCACUUUUUCAGCAUCAUUUUCCCACAGAAUAUUGUUCCACUCAUACCUGCACUUGAAUGAUUGAGCCUUUUAUUUGCACCCCUUUGUCACUUCCAUCUAUAUUGGAAACAUGAAUGAACUAAUUGGUUAGAUAUUUAGUCGAUCUGUCAAGUCCCCAAACAUGAGUCCAGUUCAACAAGAAACCAAAGACAAUAUCAUUCUUUAAAAGUAAAUAUUUGCGGAGUAACCCUGAACUCCGACUCCUGUAAAACCUUAAUAAGGAUAGACAUGUUAGCAACCCUCUGGAUGGAAAUAAAAGAUAAUGAGGUCUAAGUCCCAAGAGGUGGCGGCGCACUCUGACUUCACUUCACAAUCUGAUUCAAUAACAACAUUGUAAACAGAGAAAUCAAACGUAGAGACGGCACAUUUUGCACCCCACUUUUUAAAAUCCGGCUUUAUGAACAUGCUUUUCGUCACUGCGGUGACCUGAGUUGGAGGCAUUUUCUAUGCAUGAACUAGUUCAAACAAAUGAUUCCCAAGUAGAGGGAUCCAAGCAGACAGGGGUUCUUAUGGCUCCGAACACCCACCCCUUCACUUUCUUCUUAAAUAUGCAAAGAACUGUAGAACUUAAUUUAUCGUUUGGUGCCUUGUGUUGACUUUCAAGCUUUUCUGUUUCUGCUGGAGCGAUGAGUUACAACGACCAAAUGAAGACGAACCAGGAUUAGACGACUCCAAACUCAAGCAUGUAAAUAUGAACACAGAUUGUUUUUCCUGCGUCUUCCUCCAUCUUUCUAUAAACCAUGCAAGAAAAUAAUGUGUAUUUGGGUUUGGAUUUUAUUGCGCGGAAAAAAAGACCCUUGAUGAUGUAUAAUUAAGGUACGUUUUGGUUUUUUUUUUUUAAGUCUUCAUUUUUCAAAUAAAAUUGGGAAAUAAAUGCUGGUUUCAUAUUUCAUUAUCUCUUCAUUUUUAUAAUGCUGUACGACACAAGAGUAUUUCUAUUUCAGGGGCAGGAAAUGUUUUUGCCACAUUUUGCACCAGGAGAAAAUAAAAAGGAAAAUUGUUAAUAUGUUUUUUUAAUGUUUUUAUUUAAAGGAAUAAUAAACUGGAAAAUGAGAGUACAGCAAGUGUUUUAGUACUAGCUA